AUGAAUGAAUUGGAUGACAAUGCAAAUUUUAUUUUGCCAGCGGCCCAAAGGACUUGUUAUUCGAUUUGUAGUUUUCACGUUUUUCAUUCUCUCUUUGUGCGAACUCUAGCCAUUUCUUUAUUUCUUCUCUCUUCCUUGCCCUUUAUUUCUUCCCUCUCUCUCUCUUUCUCUCUCUCUCUCUCUCUCUCUCUCUCUCUUGCAGAGGUUUCUGGUGAACUCCAUUUAUUUCCUUCUUUCUUUCUUUCUUUCUUUCUUUCUUUCUUUCUUUCUUUCUUUCUUUCACUCUCCUUUCUUUCUUCCUUUCAUUCUUUCUUUCUUCCUGCAAUCAUACCUUACUAUAUCCGUCUUUCUUUCUUUCUUUCUUUCUUUCUUUCUUUCUUUCUUUCUUUCUUCAUUCCUUGCUUCUUUCUUUCCUUUCUUUCCAACCUUCCUUCAUUCCUUCCAUCCUACCUUCCUUCCUUUCUUUCUUUCUUUCUUUCUUUCUUUCUUUCUUUCUUUCUUUCUUUCUUUCAACCUUCCUUCCUUCCAUCCUACCUUUCAUUCUUUCUUUCUUUCUUUCUUUCUUUCUUUCUUCCUUCAUACUUUACUAUAUCCUUGUUUGUUUGUGGGUUUCCUUCUUUCUUUCUUUUUUGCUUGCUUGCUUUCUUUCUUGAUUCCUUUCUUUCUUUAUUUCCUCCCUUCCUUUCUUUCUUUCUUUCUUUCUUUCUUUCUGCCUUAAUUCUUUACUAUAUCCUUCUUUCUUUCUUUCUUUCUUUCUUUCUUUCUUUCUUUUCUUCUUACUUUCUUUCUUUCUUUAUUCCUUCUUUCUUUCUUUCUUUCUUUUUUGCUUGCUUGCUUUCUUUCUUGAUUCCUUAG